AAUCUGUAGACGUGUCUGCCGCCCCCACCACCACCCCCGCCCCCUCCACCAAAGCUAGAGCUGAGGUAGACCCCACACACAAGCCAGUUGUAGUAGUCUCCAAAAGCCCCCCUCCCCCACCCGGGAAAGAACAGACGGGAUCCGAACCGGGGUGGUCCGAGCUCUUGCCCAGUAUCCUCAAUGUGUCUGACCCAGACUCGGCCUACUACCAGAGCCUUGGUCGCCGGUUGUACCAACUGGUCAGUCGAGGAGGGUCGGGGCUGGGUGGUCAGAAACUCCACGCUCGGACUCUCUCGGACGCAGCUCUGAGCAAGCCAGGGGACCGGGCAGGGAGAGUAGCCACCUCAGCCACUUCUCAGGAAGAGGAUAAUGGAUAUACGUCCAUCCUGGCAAUCAUCAUCGGAGUAAGUGCGGGCUUCCUCCUCAUCCUGCUGGUCGUGUUCCUGCUCGUGUUUCGCCACCACCGCAAUGCGCGCCGGAAGGCGGAGGAGGUCGCAGUUCGCUUCCACAACACGGCUUACGAGAACCCCCCUCUCCCCCAGCCCCCGACGCAGCCCCCGAGUCUCCCCGCUAGCCGGGCCCCGCCCCUCAACGACGAUCUGUACCUGGCUCCCAACGAAGUCACCACAGACCUUUACACGCAGGCACCAGGUGACCCCACGUCCUUCAAUCACAGAUAUGAGUCUACUUCUAGUCAAGAUAGCAAGGUAAACAAGCCACGGAACCACCUACACUCCGUCAACUUCUCCGCUCAACCCUGCACGUGCCGAGACCCACUGUCAGGGGCCAGCAACUCUGCCUGCUCCUCCCUGGGCAACAUCUCGGAGCUGGGAGCCUGCGGCGGGUCUGACCUUGACGGUGGAGACCUGACCACGCCCCUCAUGGCGUCCAGCAGCCGGUCAAAGUCUCCCCUCGUCGGUAACGGCGGGCCAGCUGCAGUUGGGAAAAGUUCGGCGAACUCCAAGACCUGCAACUGCUCCAGCAACCAGGGCGAGUACAUCGACAUGAGCAGCCUGUCGUCUAAGGAAGACGUGAACGUGACCCCAGCGGGGAAGUCGACUGACGCCGGGAAGUCGACGGACACGGGCAAAGAUGUAGACAAGGACAAGGAUCGACACACGUACAGUAACGUCGACCACCGCGACACAGCCGUAGAGAACCACUACGAGGUUCUGCCCUGAGGCACCCGGCCGGCCAGGUUUUUUCACUCUCCAAGUAAAGAUGGAAAGUUUCAGUCUUGUUUCUCGAAGUGCCGGGUAGUGGCAGUUGCAGAUCACAUGACCUCUCUUGGCGACGAUAUUUGACCUCUCGUGACGAUGAUCCUUGACUGAUGGUGAUCCUUGACUUCUCUGUUUGACGUCUCAUGACGAUGAUAUUUGACCUUUCGUGACGAUGAUGUUUGACCUUUGGUUGCGAUGACGAUGAUUCUUCCUCUGCCAAUCUCGUGCAGACAUCCUUCUUUUUGUUUUCCUGAGUUUGAAAAAUUUGGAAAUAGAUUGAAAUGCAAAACACUGAGGUUUGCGGAAGACUGGUUGAAGUUGAAGAACCAGCAGUCGACUUCCCCCCCGGGAUCUUGCAGCGGAACGCAAAGAAGAAGAAGACAGGUCUGUGGGCAGAAAAUUGAUCCUUUCUGUUUGCGAUAUAAUAUCUCAAGGUCACUUGUACUGCCUCUGCUCCUACAGUGCUGGCCCCGACAUUUCACGGCCGCCAGAUUGGCUAACACAGUUCACACCCAAACUGUUCACACUUCACAGUCUAGUGAUGAUGACAUGAUGCUGACAGCCCUCCAAACUGUUCCCGCUUCACGGUCUAGGGAUGAUGACAUAAGACUGACAGCCACCGAAACUGUUCACACUUCACUGUUUAGAGAUGAUGACAUGACACUGACAGAUUGGCAACACAGUUCACCCCCAAAACUGUUCACACUUCAUGGUCUAAUGAUGAUGACAUAAUACUGACGUCCUACUACACUGUUCUCACUUCACAGUCUAGUGAUGGUGACAUGACACUUACGACUAGCCAUCCAAACUGUUCACACUUCACUGUGAUGAUAACAUAAGACUGACAGCCCUCCAAACUGUUCACACUUCACUGUGAUGAUAACAUAAGACUGACAGCCCUCCACACUGUUCACACUUCACGGUCUAGUGAUGAAGACAUGACAAUGACGCUAGUGAUAAUGACAUUGCACUGACGACCAGCCAAACAGUUCCCACAAACUUGUCUGUCACACUGACCACCCAGGACUCACUGUGUGUCACUUCCUCUCCGUGUAGUAGGCGUGUACUCUACACUACAGCUGACACGGGCAAGUGUGCACCGGUACAUGUUGCAGGCCGAGUGUAGAGAUUUGCGCUAAAAUCUCACUGGCCAGAACUAGAGAAAAUUGGGUGGAAUUGGUUGAUAUGCCCGCACUCUCAAAAGUGAGACUUAAAAUUGACACUUUAGUAGGCCAAUAUAUUAUUUGUCAAUAAAGGGCUUCUCAUGAGAUAAAGUUUGAGAUUUAUUCCUUCCAGCUGGGCCAGAAACUAUUGAUUUGGAUUUUUAAGAUGGUCAGUUUGGUUCUAGUUAUUUGUCAACUCUACAACAGUCACACAUUCAUUAUUAUCGAGAUCUGAGAUGAUUCAUUGGCUUUAUAUUAAUUUAGUUUGCCCAUGCCUGCUAUAAAGUGACCGAGGGGCCGACAGACUAAAUAUAAUAUCUCAUAAGCUGGGGACUUUGCUUGCGAGAACUUCCAUGAAAUGACGAUCAGAUACAAAAAUACCAUGGUGUCUUUUUUUUUCUAUCCUCUGACCUUUUGGAAAGAAGGUGAAAAAUUGGUCUGGUUUUUUGUUUUUAGAAUGUGAAAAUAUUGAGUUAUAUGUAAUUUGUAUAUGUGAGAACCGUUAACCCCGGUCUGGGCACACUUGUAGACAAAGCCCAGUCUGAUGUCGACGACAGUCGACGGCUCCUGAUACCACUUUGUUUCUGAGGAAUAAUAUUUGGCACUGUUCAUUGCUCCGAUUGUUUUUCCUUGUCAGUGUUGUGGGAAAGGAGAAGGAAGACUGAGAUAAGUGAGAAAGUUGUGUAAUUUGAUUGUGACAGAAGUAUUUAUUAUCUGAAUCUUUGUUAAAAUCUAGU